UUUGACGUUUUAAAGAUUAAAUAAUUAAGAAGACAUAUGUGCGGUUCUCGGAGAAAAAUAGACAUUAAUUAUUCUGCCAAAUAAAAACAAGAAUCAAAUAAAAUAUCGAGAAGAAACGAUGAAUAUAAUCUCCAAAUUUCUCUCAUUUUAUGUGAGAAUAUAUUUUUUAUAUAUUAAUUCCAAUAAAUAUAUUUGUAAGAGCUACGUAAAUUUAACUCUUUGCCAUUCAACGUUGCAUUUGUUGUGUCAAGAAAAGAUAUUUUUAUAAAGAUAAAUAAAAAGAUGAUUAAGUUCAAAAUUUCCGCACCAGGCAGAAUCAUUUUAUCAGGGGACCACACGGUGACGUUUGGAAAUCAUUUUGUUGUGGCCGGCUUAGAUCUUCGCACCAAUCUAGAAUUCUGCGAACUAUCAGAUGAGCAAACUAACAUUAGAGUAGAGUUUCAGGAUUAUGAGAAGGAUGUACCUUUACAAGAAGUUCAAUGCUUAUCUUCUCGACUUAUACGCGAAAACUUGUUUUCCGAUCAAGUCAAUUUGCUUAAAGAAGUGAAUUCCUUUAUCAACGUAAACAAUAUGUGGGAGAAAACCGAGCAGAAAAUUAGCUUACUAAUGCUCUUUUUCUUACUUUGUACUGUUACUUACAAAGAGCAUCUUGUCAUAAAACCUUUUCGAUUACACGUGUCCACUGAAAUUCCUUUUGAAAAUGGUCUUGGCGGUUCGACAUCAUUCGUGGUUUGUCUGGCAGCGUGUUUUCUUCAUUGGAAGCGUCUACAGAGUGGUGUUCAUAUUAGAUUUAAUGAACAAGACUUAGAGAAGAUUGAAGAAUACACUAGAUCUUGUGAGGGCAUUUUGCAAAAGGAUGCAUUAGCAACGAUCGAUGCCAAAGUUUGCGUAUAUGGCCGUAUAAAUAAAUGCAAACAUAUUCAUUCUAAUGUUUAUGAUAUGAAGUGUAUAGAUGUUGUUAAAACAGGAAUAAAGAUUCUAUUGAUCGGGACACAUCUUUGCCUAACGGAAGCACAAAGAUAUAAGCAAAUAGCAGAUCUGAUGUUGUCACGUAGCAAUUUUAAUUCUAUUUUUAAUGAAUUGGACGAAAUAGCAAUAAAUAUAUUUGAUGACCUAAAUUAUAUUAAUAAUAACAUAGAAAAUUCUGAUGCUUACAAUGACUUACAGAGAGACAUUAAGAAAAAUCAACAAAUGUUGAGCAAAUAUGAUUUGUCGUAUUUUGAAUUUGAUAUUGUUUCCUGCCUUGGAAGUGGAUUUAAUUUGGCAGGAAAACUUACAGGUUUUAAAGCGUUUUAAAAAUUAAAUACUUAAGAAGACAUAUGUACGGGUUCUUGGAGAAAAAUAGAAUUUAAUUUACCUGCUAAAUAAAAUCAAAUGCGCAUGUAACAAGUAUCAAAUAGAAUAUCGAGAAGAAACGACAAAUAUAAUCUCCAAAUUUUUCUCAUUUUAUGAGAAUAUAUUUUUUUAU